AGCACCCGGCGUGCCUCUAUGGUUCUUCCUGUCCUUAGUCGGGAGGGGGCGCUGUGCGCAGGCGCGAGGUGACGCCGCGGCAGGGCCGGAAGGAGUGCAGCGGCUGCCUCAGCGGCGGCGACGGAGCUCACAGCUGCCGCUUCUGAGGAGUAAGCUGCGCGGCAGCGAAGGCCGCUGAGCCCGCCUAGCUAGCCGGGGAGUUGAGUGGCGAGCCUUUUGAAACAGAUGGGCACCAUGUUUAGAUACUAGCAGUUGCAUAUGUGCAUGUCUGCAUUUGAAAAUGGCAGAGGGAAACAACAAUGAAGAGGUAAUUCACUUAAACAACUUUCACUGCCAUCGAGGACAAGAGUGGAUCAAUCUCAGAGAUGGGCCUAUCACCAUAUCUGACUCCUCAGAUGAGGAAGGGAUUCCAAUGCUGGUCACCCCAGCUCCUCAGCAACAUGAAGAAGAGGACCUGGAUGAUGAUGUCAUCCUGACAGAAACAAAUAAACCUCAGACAUCACGACCCAAUCUCAUCAAACCAGCUGCCCACUGGCAAGAUCUGAAAAGGUUGGGAGAAGAAAGGCCUAAAAAGUCUAGAGCAGCAUUUGAAUCAGAUAAAAGCCGCUAUUUUUCAGUGUAUAACAACCCAUUGUUUGAUUCUGGGGCACAGGAUGAUUCUGAGGAUGACUACGGUGAAUUUCUGGAUCUUGGGCCUCCUGGAGCCUCUGAAUUCACUAAGCCAAGUGUCCAAACAGAUAGAGAACCCAAGCCUGGACCGAGUCGUAACCAAGCAGCAAAUGACAUUGUCAGCCCCAGAUCAGAGCAGAAAGUCGUCAUCCUGGAAGAAGGUAGCCUUCUUUACACAGAAAGCGAUACUUUGGAAACUCAGAACCAGUCAUCCGAAGACUCAGAAACAGAGCUGUUAUCAAAUCUGGGAGAGUCAUCUGCUCUAGCAGAUGAUCAGGCCAUCGAAGAAGACUGCUGGCUAGAUCAUCCUUACUUCCAGUCUCUGAACCAACAGCCCCGUGAGAUAACAAACCAGGUUGUUCCUCAGGAACGGCAGCCUGAAGCAGAGCUGGCCCGCUUGUUGUUUCAGCAUGAAUUCCCCGGGCCAGCUUUUCCAAGGCCAGAACCCCAGCAAGGUGGGGUUUCAGGCCCCUCUUCUCCUCAGUCUGCCCAUCCUCUAGGAGAGUUUGAAGACCAACAGUUAGCAAUUGAUGAUGAAGAGCCAGGUCCAGCCUUUCCAAUGCAAGAAUCUCAAGAGCCCAAUUUGGAAAACAUUUGGGGGCAAGAGGCUACAGAGGUAGAUCAAGAACUUGUUGCACUAUUAGUGAAGGAAACGGUAAGUUUUAUUUUAUCAAGUAAAUAAUUGUAGACAUUACAUAUACUGAUUGAUUUUUCUUUUUUC